UUGUAGCAGUGAUUUGAACCUCUUGCGUCUGGGCUUUUCUAGGUGGAGCUUGCAUGUUGUGGGUUUCCUCCCAAAAUGUGGUUACCUGGUAGGCGUAUACGUGGUUGUCUAGGUGACCUGUCCAGGCGCGUUGCCGCGCAGCGUGGGGAAAAUAAUCACUCAGAAAUAAGACACGUAAUUGUUUUGUGAGCUCCAGGAUGUGAUCAGCUGACCUGCGCUGCUGCUUUUUGUGGAUUUAGCCAACUGAAUUCAGCAAGAUCAGGGGACCGAGCAGAAAAAAUGUGGGAGGAAAGACUAAAUCCAGGGAACUGAGUCAGCAGCUGCGGCGGUGCCAGCCUGCUGCUCCCCUCAACUUCCGCUGCUCCGUUUCAUCUUCACACACUUCCAUAGUUAACAAUGGACCUGAACUGAACCUGAACAAUAAAAGGCGGCUUUGCUUGACGACGAAUAAAGGCAGAAGAGAGAAAGAAAGAGGACCGAGCGGACCAUCCGGAGACUCCGAGCCGCUGUUUCCCUUGAAGCUUCAUGUCCGUCCGAGUUUCAGCCAUGAGCGUCCUCCCCCCGGUUCGAAGGGACCGAGUUAUCGCUCAGCUCCCUCAGUGUUUCCGAAAAGAGGCGGCCAUCCACACUAAAAGUGAUUUCAACAAUAAAGUAAAGACCGCCUGCCAGGAGCAGCGGACCGGCACUGUGGGCAGAUUUAAAAUAUCCAAGGUCAUCGUUGUGGGUGAUCUGGCUGUGGGGAAAACCUGUCUGAUUAAUAGGUUUUGUAAGGACACCUUUGACAAGAACUACAAGGCAACGAUCGGUGUUGACUUUGAGAUGGAGCGCUUCGAGGUGCUGGGUGUUCCUUUCAGCCUGCAGCUGUGGGACACUGCGGGCCAAGAGAGGUUCAAGUGCAUUGCUUCUACAUAUUACAGAGGAGCCCAGGUUGUGAUUAUCGUGUUUGAUGUAAAUGAUAUCGCCUCUCUGGGCCACACAAGGCAGUGGCUCGAAGACGCUUUGAAAGAGAACGACCCCACUGGUGUUCAGCUGUUCCUCGUAGGCACAAAGAAGGACCUCAGCUCACCUGCUCAGUAUUCUCAGAUUGAACAAGAUGCCCUCAGACUAGCCAAUGAGAUCCAAGCCGAGUACUGGGCCGUGUCAUCGCUGACAGGGGAAAACGUGAGAGAAUUUUUCUUUCGAGUUGCAUCGUUAGCGUUUGAGACCAACGUUCUUGCCGAGCUGGAGAAAAGUGGAUCGAGGCAGAUUGGAGAUGUUGUCAGGAUUAACAGCAAUUCAAACAAUCUGUACGCUGCGUCAAAGAAGAAACAGUCCAACUGCUGUCAGUGAGGAUAGAAACGGGAGGUUAAAGUCAAAGAUACGGACUGGAAAUGAGGAGUUUUCAAAGUGGAAAAUGACCGUGG